AUGUACGUGAGCUACCUUUUGGAUAAGGACACCAGCAUGUACCCGAAUUCUGUGCGUCAUCCCAGCCUGAAUUUGAAUCCACAGAAUUUUGUUCCUCCUCCUCCUCCUCCACAAUAUUCGGAUUUUACAGGCUAUCAUCACGUACCUGGAAUUAACUCUGAGCCUCACCACAGUCAGCCAGGGGGUACAUGGAGCCCUGCUUAUGCACCUGCCAGGGAUGACUGGCAUUCUUACGGACCUGGGCCAACAACGUCAUCUUCGAACCCAGGACAGAUAAGUUUCAAUCCUGCUGAUUUUAACCCUGUACAACCCCCGGGUGCUGCUUUGCUUCCUCCCCCUAUUAACACUUCAGUAGCACCCCUAUCACCAACCUCGCAGAGAAGAAACCCGUACGAAUGGCUAAGGCGGAAUGUUCCGCCGAACAGUACAGGAGGAAAAACCAGAACGAAAGACAAGUACAGAGUGGUUUAUACAGAUCACCAGCGCCUGGAGUUGGAGAAAGAGUUCCACUAUAGUCGAUAUAUUACGAUCAGGAGGAAAACGGAACUAGCAGCAUCUUUGGGUCUCUCUGAACGACAGGUAAAAAUCUGGUUUCAAAACCGUCGAGCAAAAGAAAGAAAGGUAAACAAGAAAAAAAUGCAGCAGUCCCAGCAGGCCACAACAACAACCCCUACACCCCCAGGAAUUGGAGCUGCUGGGACAGUGGGGAUGGUCAGCAGCAGCAGUGGACUGGUUUCUCCUCCCAUCCCAAUUACUAUUAAAGAAGAGUACUUGUCUUAG